ACGUCAAGUCUCGCGCACAGGAAGAGUGGGUCAGUGUGGUGAUGCUGGAGCGCGAGGGACAUCAACAGCCUGAUUAAUGCCUUCUUUAGCUUAUGUAUUAUUGUUCAGGAAUAAGGAAAGGCGCUUGGUUAAAGAUAGAUAAGAAUAAUCUUAUCUUGAGAGGACUGAGGAAACUGAAAAGGAAAAACACACCCGAGCUGAAUAAACACCUAGCCAGUUGUGUGUGUGUGUGUGUGUGGAUGUUGAGGAGCAUCAGCGUUUUUCCGUUAUUUCCUGGAACUGUGCAGAAUUCGGAUUAUAAUCGAUGAAAUCUGCAUUGCAUGUUGUUGUUUUGCGGAUAGACCGUUCAUUUAUCCGCUCUUACACGGAUAUGCUCAUGCACGCCUAGUCCAUCGAGCAUUAUUAAAAUUAGAUUCAGUGUACUUGUUCACAUGCUUUGCUUGGUUUGUUGAUUUUGCCGUUUGGACGCUGUGUGAAUGCUGCUAUGGGUUUCAGCCUGAGCCUGAGCUCCAGCACUGACUCCCAGCUCUCCGGCACACGGCUUUUAUCCGGAGACAAACUCCUCUGACACCAUGUAGGUAGUCGUGUUUGACGACUGCUUCCAACGGAAACACAAAGCAGCGCUAGCUGAAGUGCUAACUGGGUCAGAAAAUGACAGCUUAGGCCAGCCAGGGGAACUAGCUAGCUCCUUCAGCUCUCCAUCUCUUAUUACUGCAGCCUGCGCUUAGCUAACGCCUCGGAGCCCUCGGCUAGCUAGCUGUCAAUAUAUCACAUAAGAUUAGCCAGCUAGCUAGCUGUAUAGCGCUAUAGCUAUGCUUUGACCUUAUAUAUAUAUGUAUGUGUAUAUGUGUGUCGUUAUUAAUGCGAGCUCUUUUGGUAUGGGUAAGAGGAAUGCCCGUCAGGUUCAGGUGUUUAGCUAGUGUUUAAAGCUGUCCCUCGUCCAUUGCUCUGUAUUGUCCCCGGCUACACUGUGGACAGACAUGGAGACGGUUGGAGACUUCGAGUACAGCCGAAAAGACCUGAUAGGACACGGAGCCUUCGCGGUGGUCUUCAAGGGAAGACAUAAAAAGAAGACAGAUUGGGAGGUGGCCAUCAAGAGCAUUAACAAAAAGAACCUCUCCAAGUCUCAGAUUCUGCUUGGGAAGGAGAUCAAAAUUUUGAAGGAACUGCAGCAUGAGAACAUCGUGGCACUCUAUGAUGUCCAGGAAACGCCUAAUUUUGUUUUUCUUGUAAUGGAGUUUUGUAAUGGAGGAGAUCUGGCAGACUAUUUACAAGCUAAGGGCACUUUGCGGGAGGACACCCUGAGGGUCUUUCUCCAGCAGAUAGCAGCAGCCAUGCGUGUCCUCAACAGCAAGGGUAUCAUUCACCGAGACCUCAAACCCCAGAACAUCCUCCUGUCCUACACUGGCCGCAAGAAAUCCAGCGUCAGUGGCAUCCGCAUUAAAAUUGCUGACUUUGGCUUCGCACGAUAUCUUCAAAGUAACAUGAUGGCAGCCACUCUGUGUGGUUCGCCUAUGUACAUGGCUCCAGAAGUAAUAAUGUCACAGAACUAUGAUGCCAAAGCAGACCUGUGGAGCAUCGGGACUGUUAUUUAUCAGUGUCUUGUGGGGAAGCCACCCUUUCAGGCAAACAGCCCACAGGACCUGAGGAUGUUCUAUGAGAAAAACAAGACACUGGUGCCAAACAUCCCGAGGGAUACAUCUCCUCCCCUUGCUGAUCUGCUGCUGGGUUUACUUCAGAGGAAUCAGAAGGACCGGAUGGAUUUUGAUACAUUCUUCAGCCAUCCCUUCCUGGAUCAAACAUCUAACAUCAAAAAAUCUUGCCCUGUGCCAGUGCCUGCAUGCCCUAGCUCAGUGUCGGAGAGCACUUGCGGCAGCUCGCCUUCCUGCCGUUACGUCUCACCUCCGUCGUUGCCGGACAUGCAGACUCUGCCCGAAGACGUGCUGUCCUCUCCACCUCUCGGCCCUCCCAACUACCUGCAGCUGUCUAAAGAGUCUGGUGGCAGCACCAGCAGUAAGAACUCCUCCUGCGAUACAGACGACUUUGUGCUGGUGCCGCACCUCUCUGGAGAACAGUCCUAUGACCUGCCGAUGGGGGCCACUGGCCGUAGACCUUCCAGUGAGUUUCUGCUCUGUGGAGGGCAGCCGCAGCCCUCUUCAGGCCAGAACCCUGUGGUGUCCCCUCGAACAGAGACCACCCCGAUCCCUGUGCCCACUCAGGUGCGCAACUACCAGCGGAUCAAGCAGAACCUCUCCAGCAGCCCCAGCACCACCCUCUACGGCUCACCCAGGUCUGGUACAGUGAGGCGCUCCAACACAAGUCCUAUGGGAUUUCCAAAAGCUGCCUCUGGGUCCCCCAGCCCUGCUGAUGCUGCCCAGACUGUGGGUCGAAGACUGUCCACUGGCAGCUCCCGUCCCUACUCGCCUUCUCCACUGGUGGCUACUAUUCCUGAGCAGCUGGGCCAUUGCUGUUGUGGACAUCCCCACAGCCACGAGGCACGCAGCCGCAGCUCGUCUGGUGGUUCCCCUGUGCCCUCAUCUCAAUUGCUGGGUGCCCGUCUCCAGAGCGCACCCACCCUGACUGACGUCUACCAAAACAAGCAGAAGCUAUACAAGCAGCUGUCUGAUCCUGUGCAGCCUACUGCCUUAGCCUAUCCCCCUACCCACUCACCACAGUUGGGACGCCCUGGCAACCUGGGGACCUCUCCCACCAAGCACCUUGGCUCCUCCCCCCGCACCUCUGAUUGGCUACAGAAGUCCCCCCUACCCACCAUCAUUGGCUCACCAACCAAGACAACCGCUCCCUUUAAAAUCCCUAAAACUCAGGCCUCGUGCAAUCUCAUGGCGUUGGCUUCUCAACAGGGCAUAGUGGACAGCCCUAAUUCCAGUAAGAUGUCUACUGAUGCCCGGGAGAUCUGCCCCCACCACUGGUCACCGUACCCCAGCGGGCGACACUCGGCUUCCGAGAGCUCCAAAACUACCUUUGGCAGGUCUGUGAGUACAGGGCGUUUGUCAGAGCAGCCUGUGAGGAUCACUCUGGGAGGACAGACGUACCAGGGCAGUACAGACAGCCUCAACACAGAGAGACCUAUGGACACAGCGCCUACAGGGUCAUGUGGUUUGGCAGUGGGCGGUGCGAGUCCCCGUACUGUAGUGUUCACAGUAGGCUCGCCCCCCAACAGCAUCACCCCUCCCACUUGCAGCCACCUGAGCACACGCCCUCGCACCACAUCAGUGGGGUCCAACAGUUCAGCAGGCUCGCUGUACUCCACCAGUGGAAAGGUAUGCAUGGGUUCUCCUCCUGCUAUGGCCAUGGGUAGUUCUCCCCCCGGGGCAGAAGCGGCCCCCAGCAGCCUACGCUAUGUCCCCUACGGCACCUCUCCACCCAGCCUUGAUGGGUUUAUCACUUUUGAGGCCCCUGAGCUCCCAGAGGAGACACUGAUGGAGAGAGAGCACACAGACACACUAAUGCACCUGCGGAUGAUGCUGUCCUUUACGGACUGUGUGUUGGAGAUGGCUGCUGUGAGAGCAGGAGGAGCAGACCUUGGCAUUUCUGCAGCCUCGCUUUACCCUCCUCAGGACAGUGUGGUGGUGGACCAGAUCAGCCAGCUCAGCAAGGAGUGGGGGCAAGUGGAGCAGCUGGUGUUGUAUAUGAAGGCUGCUCAGCUGCUCGCGUCCUCUCUGCAUCUGGCCAAAGCGCAGAUCAAGUCUGCCAAGCUGAACCCCUCAACUGCUGUAAAACAAGUGGUGAAAAGCCUGAACGAGCGCUACAAGAGCUGCAUCUCUCUGUGCCGCCAGCUCACGGACAAACUCAACCACUUCUUCUCAGACAAGCAGCGCUUUGUGGAUGAGAUCAACAGCGUGACUGCUGAGAAGCUCAUAUACAACCACGCUGUGGAGAUGGUCCAGGCGGCAGCACUGGACGAGAUGUUCCAGCAGACCGAGGACAUCGCGUACCGCUAUAACAAAGCCGCCAUGCUGUUGGAGGGCCUUGCUAAGAUCCUGCAGGAUCCGGCAGAUGUAGAGAACGUCACCAAGUAUAAGGCGAGUGUGGACCGGAGGAUCUCUGCGUUGUGUUACUGCACUGUCACGCUGUAUGAAUAGAUCCCUCACACACACACCACUGGCCACAGGGACCGUCCCCCUUCUAACCUGCUCAGACUAGAGGAUCCCCUCACUCCCACUUCUCCGACUUCGUAGCAGCCAGAGCACUUUUCCUUUGUAAUUAUUAUUAUUUUUCACAAAAUCACCAGAACCAACAGAACAAGUAUUAUUUUUUCAUAAAGGACCUCUUCCACCGAGUCACUACCAAAGAUCAAAUGCAACAACAAUACAGUUUCUGUUCUCAAGAAAGAGGCACUGGACUCAGCAAGCUGUCUCCUGUUUCUUUCAGCAGUUCUCCUCAGAACACCUCUUUUAGCUUUUUCCUCUUUUUACACUGAGGACUGGUCUUUUUUUUUUAAAAUGACUUUUUUAAAUACUGUAUUCUGUGAUAGUGUUGCGAUUAUUUAUUGGUUAUAGGAGGAUAUUAGUGUUGUCAUGUUAUGUUUGGAUGCUUUUCUUGAGUCAGACUCAUGUUGGACUGUAAUUAGCACACACACGCACACAUUUACUCGGCUGUCUUUAGCACGGUAGCCUGAGAUUUGUAACAUAAUCAUUUUUUUUUUUUUAAAUCAAAUGCACUUUAUUGACACAGACGUGGAAAAGACUUCUGCUAGAACCCACACUGAGCUAUUCUCUAUGGCUUGACUUGCUGCCUGGCUCAACAGGCUGUAAAGAGAAAUUAAAAUGCUUGUCAUGUGCAGGGACAAGAGUUUUCCCGGCGUUCCCGGCGUUCCUGGCUUUCUCGGCGAUCAGGAUCAGUCGUGAUGUUCAUCAACAAUAAUGGUCAAGAUACUUGAGUAGUUACUUUUUCAUUUGUUAAUAUAGAAACAAGCAUUAUGUUUAUAUUAAUACUGGAUUUUUUUUUUGUUUUUAUAAACUGACAUUUGCAUUGUGUAAAUAUUUGAAUGUGCAUGUGCGCUGUUUCGUGUUUUGUUCGUUUCGGAGCGAAAGGCAGUUGUAGGAGCUGUCAUGGGAUUCCCUGCCACUCAAUCCAAGAGCACAAGUCAUUUUUUUUUAGCAGUUUGAUACUUACCCACUACUGCCAUUCAGACUCUUAUGCAGCCCUCAAGGAAGAGACCUCAUGUUUGUCUUUGCAUGGCAGCUCAGAAUUCAGAAGACCUGUGCUCUAUGAAGUACAUUCCUUUUGGAGUGCAGUCGGAUAAGGAUACGAAGCAGAAAUGCUAAUGUGAACUCUCUCUGCCAGGCAGUAAGCAGCCAAGCUGGCUCUGCCUUUCCCUGGCUCUGUGUGUGUGUGUGUGUGUGUGUGUGUGUGUGUAUGAGUGUGUAUAUAUGAUCCUGUAUAUAUAAAUGUGUGUGUGUGUGUGUGUUGGCACUGCUGAAGUGCACUAAAGGCCAGUUUAAGAAAACUGAACUGAAAGCACUGCAAAAGUAGCCUGCUUUCUCCUGUACAUGUGUUAAUAACAACCUCCUGGUGUUAUAGAGCUGCACUGGCACUGAUGCUGUUUCCAGUCUGUUCUUUUUUGCUAUAAUUUUGUGGUUUAUACAUUUUAUUCUCAGACUUUACCUUCACAAAUCUAUAUUGUGUAGGAGGGGGAAAAAAUGCCAGAAAGAUAUUCUCCUGGCUCCUUUUAUAAGACCCUAUCAAAUCCAUGCACAGUCCUGUAGCCUGUAGAUGUCACUCCAUUUUCAGGCUCUGAGCACCGUGUACACGGGAUGUUUCUUCGAAUUGACUGGUGCAGAGAGGAAGUCGCACCUGUGGAAAGUUAGAAUGUAUAUUCCCUGUUCUUGAAGUAAAUAACCACAUCUGACUCGUCUCGUAUAAUACAGCCAAUGCAAUGGGAAACCUCAAUGGAAACUUUUUUUUUUUUUUUUUUUUUUUUUUUAACUGACACAAUAUUGUAAUCAGUUCACCAACAACUCUGUUCUGUGUGGACUCAAAAAUCCACUCAGGUUCACCAGAGCCACCUGCAGCACGGCUCUCUUUCCGCAUUGUACCAUGUUCAUUGUUCAUUUUGCAUGGACAUGAAAUAUAGAUUUUAUAACUUGGGACUUGUUACAGGACAACCAAUAAGAACAGUAGUUCAGUCCACUAUACAAAUAAAAUCAUUUAUAUAUAAUUAUAAAAUGUAAACUGUAGCUGCCUCUUCUCAUGGGUGGUGUCACAAAGUGGUCUGUCGAUGUCAUGGUUUACAUCCAAGUGACUGUUAUUGCCCAUGAGGCAUUUGUCAAGGAUUCAGCAGUUCCACUUGUCAUUCAGCUUGAUUAGCAGCCUCCCAAAUAGAUCAGUCAAAAAAUCAAAUAAAAAUAUAGUUUUAAAAUA